GGGGCCGGCGGGGCGCCUACGGCGGCGGUGGGAGCGGAGCCGGGCUCGCGGCGGGAGGAGGCGAGUCUGAGCGAGAUGUUCCGCGAGGUGGAGGAGCUGAUGGAGGACACGCAGGACAAGCUGCGGAACGCGGUCAGGGAGAUGGAGGCUGAAGAAGGGGUAAAAAACCCAUCAGAACCUGACUUUGAAAACUUACCUCCCAGCUACCAUAACGAAUCCAACACGGACACCAAAACUGGUAAUAAAACCAUUCAUACCCACCAGGAAAUUGACAAGGUUACAGAUAACAAAACUGGAUCAAUGAUUUAUUCUGAGACUAUUAUUACAUCUAUAAAAGAUGGUGAAAGCAAGAGGAAUCAUGAGUGCAUCAUUGAUGAGGAUUGUGAGAGAGGGAAAUAUUGCCAGUUCUCCAGUUUUGAGUACCGGUGUCAGCUCUGUAAAACCCAACGUUCCCCUUGCUCACGUGAUGUUGAAUGCUGUGGAGAUCAGCUUUGUGUCUGGGGUGAAUGUGUGGAAGCUGUAUCAAAAGGCGAAAAUGGCACUAUUUGUGAAAAUCAACUUGACUGUAAUCCAGGAACAUGCUGUGCUUUUCAGAAAGACCUUCUGUUUCCUGUGUGUACUCCAUUGCCUGAAGCAAGAGAACCGUGCCUUGAUCCUUCAAACAAACUCCUGAAUCUGAUCACAUGGGAGCUGGAACCAGGUGGCGUGCUUGAGCACUGCCCAUGUGCAAGUGGCUUGAUAUGCCAGACUCAUAGACUCAGCCCUGUGUCUGUAUGUGAAGCAUCCUUUAAUGAUACCAGAAGUAAUGAAAAGGAAGACCCUCUGCUAAUGGAUGAAAUGCCAUUUCUUGGUUUGAUACCCAGAGAUGUGCUUGGUGAUUAUGAAGACAUCAGCAUCAUUCAGGCACUGCGGAAAGAAUUAGAAAACCUGGAAAGAAAUAUUUCUGAACAGACAUAUUUAAAUGAGCCAGACUUAGCUCAUGAUCUGCUCUUUGGAGAGGAUUUAAAUUAAAUACAGGGUAGAUUGGUCACUGACACUAUACAAUUUAAGUUUCUAGACACAUCUAGUAUUUUGCUUGUAUAAAUCCUAAAGACACAUACUCUGCUGGAUAGAAGUGCAAUAAAUAAUAUUUUAAAGUUGU